CAAAUGUGUAAGCACCACACCGCUGUUGAUAUUUUUUUCUUACAUUGCGAAACUUAUUUAUAAAUUAUAAUUCGUUGGCAUUAACUUUUAAACAUAUUAAAAUUUACAAUAAACACAAAUUAUUAAUGAUUAAUUUGUAAAGCAUUGCAUUAUCAUGCCGAACUCUUCUCUUCAAAACGUGUCCUCUCGUCGCUUAUCGUCUCCCUCUUCGUCGUCGUCAUCGACAUCUCCGCCGACGAUGAAUAACCCACACGAUAACAAUUGUGGUCAUCAGCAUAUUCCAGUGACGAAGCAUAUUCACCUCCCUCCACUGCCUCCCUUGUCGCCACUCGGAUUCGACAUUGUCCUCACGCUCAACGGUCUUUUGUUCUACGCUUUGCAACUUCUCCACCUUUAUCGAACCGUGUGGUGGUUACCGCAGAGUUUCAACAGUGGGGGUGGUGGUGUGCACCUCCACCUAAUAUCGCCUCACCUGGCGAUCAUCAUCCUGACCGUGAUGACCCGACGCAUCGUGUACUUAAUCUUGUCGAAAGUGAUUUCUAGUCAAACCUUUCUCGUGUACAGUCUUGGGAUUGGAAUGAUUGCCUCGAUUGCAUGGAAUGCAGCGAAAAUAGAGCAUUUGACCUGGUUAAGGGUCAUAUACUUGUUGGGACCGAUUCCACUUCAUCUUUACACCUACGGGCCGACAUUAGUCCCCUUGUUCCAUCAGCCAGAUUACGAUCCUGUUCAACCCCCCGAAAACUCGGUGCAUCACACUUGCACGACACACCCACCCGCAAUUCGGCAAGAGUGUGAACAACUACGGAUGCAAUUCAACAAAAGAAUCAAGUCCGUUUUUUACUCUUGUUUUGUGACCGUGUAUUAUGGUUGCUUCGUUCCGUGGGGUUUUUGCAAGCCCACUAUCCACUACGACCUUCCCUUCGUGACCCAACACCUCCUCCUCUCGUCAUGCUUUACAUUCACGUUAAUCUCAUCCCGAUCAUUUUGUCCCGACAUUACCGAUCGGAUGCAUAAGGUGGCUGUUCAUUUGGGGGCGUGGAGUCGUGUUCAGCCAGGAAAUGUGGCAUUAUUGCAUCAAGCCCAACAAUGGUCACCCACCAUGGCGUAUACGCCCUCCUCACUGACCGCAGUCACCAUCUUGACUCGAAAAUAUCUCUACCGCUCCACCCACAGCACUCCCACCACGACGGCGGACCCCUUAAAUUCGUCCCAUGCCAGAUUUCAUUCUCUCUUCUCGUCGUCAACCUUUCCCCGACUUUUGCUCGGUUUUCAUUUAGCAAUCGAAUUACUCGCGUUGCUAAUAUUGUUCAAAACGAGUGAAUGGUAUCAACUAAUUUCAGUCACGUUGCUACUAAUCACGUCGACACCUACGCUGAUCCGGCUAGGCAGAGAUUUUUUAGUGGUUUGGAAAUUGUAUAAAGCAGAGGAAUACAUAUUCGCGACCGUGGCUGGAUAAACUGAUCAUGGUUUUUAAAUAUCUUUACCUAAUCUUGUAAUAGAUGUAGACAAUAGAUGACUGUGUAGAAUUGAAUUGACCUUAAAUUAUGAAGAAUUUAAUAAAUUUAUAGAAAAUUUUCGACUUCAAAACAUCCUAA